CUGGGAGUUGUAGUCUGUAGCCUUUCCCCUCUCUUUCAAUGGCUGCUUGUUUGUAAAAGGUGGCUUUUAAACCUAGUUAGUGUCUUCUAAAUUUCAACUGCAUUGUUUGGCUUAGCUGGUUGUAUAAGCCUUGGCACUCUUCACAGAAUCAAGAUGUGGAUGUUGAAUUGGAAGGCACUGGAAAAUUUUCCACUGCUGAUGUACAUUUUAGCUGCCAAAACAGUAAUUCUUUGCUUAGCAUUCGCUGGGGCAAAAGCAUACCAGAGGAAAAGGCUGGAAGAAAAAAUGAAAAAAGAAGAAGAAGAAAGGCUGAAAAGGGCAGGCAAGAAAGAAAACUGAAGCAUUUUAAAAGAUUUUUAGACACUUGGCAGCUUACAUGGAUUCCUUGCCUGAGAGAGUUGAAGAAUUUCCUGAAACUUAAUUCUGUGCCAGAAUUAAUUUCCCAAGAGAAACAAUUAUUUAAACCAACGUUGUCUUGAACUAUUAUUAUUUUUUGUAUUAUAUCUGUAAUCUGUACUGUAUCGUAUUUUCAUUUUGUUUUGUAAACCGCCGUGAUCAUAGGAACGGCGGUAUAUAAAUAAAAUUUCAAUCAAUCAAUCAAAAUUAAGCUACUUUAAAGUUUUAGUCUUGUGCAGUCUGGCAUUGAAUAAUGAGAACAGUGGGGAUUACUUCUGAGGGCCUGUCUACGUGGGCCAAAAGGCCCAUGUUCCCCCCAACCUUCCAUCAUCCUGUUUGGAUGAUGCAGGCCAAUACCCAUGGGCCAGGAUUGGGCAGACCAGAUGCUAAUCCAGUGAUCCCGGUCUGAUCAUGGUCCAAAGGGCCAUUUGCUAUUGCUAAAGUGGCUUUGCUAUUGCUAAGGGGUCUUAACACGAGUCAAAAUAACCCACUGUUUGCCAUGGAGUUUGUGUGAAACUCAGUGGCAACCCCUGGCAGACCAGAAGGGCCCAUGUGCUCCUUGCCUUCCUCUGCCAUUACAGUUAGUAGAAGAUCCUCAUCUCCACAUCCGACAUAGAAAUGGGAUGCUUGGCCAUGUGGGUGCAGCCAGGUACCCCAUUUCCAUGUCACAUGCAGUGAUGGGGAUCUUUUCACUAGCUGCAACAGUGGAGGAAGGUAAGGGUCGAAGGCUUUCAUGGCUGGCAUCCAUAGCUUUUUGUGGGUUUUUUGGGCUAUGUCGCCAUGUUCUAGAAGAGUUUCUUCCUGACGUUUCGCCAGCAUCUGUGGCUGGCAUCUUCACAGAUGCUGGUGAAACAUCAGGAAGAAACUAUUCUAGAACAUGGCGACAUAGCCCGAAAAACCCACAAAAAACGAAGGUAAGGGUGUUUGCUGGUAGAGGGUCUGUGGUGUGGUGGCAGGCAGGCAGGCAUGUAAACAGCUAGCUGUCCCCAUGUCAGCCCAGAGACCGACCUGGGUUAGGACCAGGCCAGGAUAACAUGGGACAAACAUUUUCCUGCCCUGUCAGCUCAGCCCUCAGUCACAAGAUUGUGUUGCUUCGCUUCUGAUUUCAGCUAGAAAGCCAAACACUUGCUUAGCUUUUUUUCUGUUAUGGAAAAUAAAUUGCUGGCUGUUUUGAUUUCUUUGGAAAAUUAUUGAAGGGUUUUUGUUAAAACUGCAUGUUUUUUCAAGCUGCCUGAAAAAUUACAAAUAAAAUAAUGUACCUGCUAUAUAAUAGAUUUAUCUGCUAGGUAUUUGAUAAGUUUUUUAUUCCGUAAAUUCUGAAAAAGGAACCCACUGGUUUUAUUUUUAUACAUUCAGAUUGUUUUGUUAUUUCAAAGUCAGACUGCUUAGAGAACUCAGUUGCAAGGUCUUGAGAAAGAUUAGUGCUUUGAAAUAAAACAAUAAUGGUGACAACUAAUAGGUAUGUCUUCAGAAGUGGAAAUCUCUGAAAUUCCUUUUAUAAUUCUUUUUUAUAAUGUUAUAAGAAUUAUAUUUUUAAAUAAUUUUAUAAUUCUACCACUGCCAGGAUGUAAAAGGAUGGAUCUUCCUACCUAUUAGGUAUGAGCAGAUAACAAAGAAAACCAGAGUUGUAACUUUGCUGCUCCUUUCCUUUCCAUAUCUCCAUGUCGCUAUUUUAAACUUUUUGCAUCUGUCUUCAUUGAUCAAAAGACAAGAAAAUUGACAUUUGCUGUCAAAUGUAUUUUCUUUUACUUAAAGCCUGAAGGAAACAAACACUUUAAAAAACAAGCAAACAAAACAAACAAGUACGGUAUAUGUGGACAUUGUGAGAGAAGCUCUGCCCCCUAAGAUGCUAUCUCUAAUAGACAGAGAGUAUAUAUUGCCAUCCUGUGGAAAUAAUGUAGAACUGCUCUAGCUGGUAGGAUUGCAGGAGAUGAAAGUUGUGGUAGAUAUAGCAAAAUGUGGGAAACAGGAAAUAGAAUCCUGUACCUCAAGGUUGGGCACCUAUGGCAUUGUGAAUGUCAUUGGAGUGAAACUCCCAUCAGUUGUAGCUAACACAGUCAAUGGUGAUGGAUGCAGGGAGAUGCAGCCCAACAUUUGGAGAGUCUUAGUUGCUCACCACUGCUACACAUACUUGUGAGUAAGCAUUAAGCAACGGAAAAUGACCACACUAGCUUCAAUAUCUAAAAUUUCUUAAAACUUAAACUGGUUGAGCAAAAAUUGAAAGUUUCAAAGAAAUCAGUUGCACUGGGAUGGAAGGGGAAGGUGUGGAAAUACACUGGUAUGGCAUUAUGCUCUGCUAUCCUUAUGUAAGAUCUCAGACAAAGAUGUAACUUAAGAGCUUACAUCAGGAAUUUCUUUGGCGCAUUACAGACGCGCCUAAAAGUACGUGCUCAGCAUGUACUAGGGUUAGAAAGGGGCGUCCCUUCCGGACACCCCCAACCCUAGUACGUGCUCAGCACGAACAAAAUAGUGGCACCCGUUCCACACGGGGGCUGCCAUGACGACGUCACGAACGCACCGCCUCCAAAUGAGGUGGUGCAGACGUGACGUCGCGCCGCGUGAGGAGGCAUAGAAUGCCCUUUCCGCGGCGCGAAAAGGAGCUCCAAAACCUUUUGCUGUUUGCAUCACUGGCGCAGCCUUCAGAUGGACAUCCCUUUCCAGGCCACGGGGAAGCGGCCUUUUGCCACUUUCCCGCGGCCUGGAAAACGGCAGAUUGGGGCCUCGGAGGCUACCGUUCUGGCAGCUGAGGCCCCGAUACAGUGGGGAAAGGGGCGGGUGCAGGCCACCCCAAACGGGCGGUCUGUAACCCGCCUUAAACUGCAAUACCCACCUAGGGAAAUAAAAGAGUGGAUUAUGAAGGUAUUAAGUACCAGACCAGAACUAGUACCAAAAGUACUAAGGAAUUCUUUACUAUAGGAAAAAAAUGCAGAUAAGAAAAGAACAGAAAAGCACCUGUUAACUUACCAUUUCCAGCUUGCUUCUUACCACUACAGUGUUCCAAUGAACACCACAGUGUUCCACUACAGUAUUCCUAUAUUCCAUGCUGAGUAAUUAUGCUUCCUUCACAGAGUCCUUGGGUGGUAGGUAUGUGUUUGUUUAACAGAUAGCACCUUAAUUGAGAAGAAAUACCCACCAAAAGCAGUCUACUCAACAAGGGCAUAGGCCAGUGAUGGCGAACCUAUGGCACGUGUGCCAGAGGUGGCACUCAGAGCCCUCUCUGUGGGCACCAGUGCCGUCGCCCCAGCACAGAGUUUGCCAGAGUUUGUUACUAGAAAGCCAGAGGGACAUGGCACUUUGCAAUAAAUAAGUGGGUCUUGGGUUGCAGUUUGGGCACUCAGCCUCUAAAAGGUUCACCAUCACUGGCAUAGGCCCAGGGAUCAGACACUGCAAUCCAGAUGGGAACUUUUUCACCAUAUUUGCUCAGGGAAAUUACUGGACUUAAAUAACAUCAGGCAUUACAACAGAGGUUCAUGGGCCUUCUCAUCUUUUAUUAGACUGUAAAGUGAUCUAUGCUAUCAUCUCCCAGUCAUGUAUCCUAUGUCAAUUGCUAUAAAGAAGAAUAAAUGGAUCUAAAUCUAACAUCAGGAAGACAAUAAUCCAAAACCAGUAAGAAAACAGUUCAUCUUCCUAGGAUGUUCUAUUGUUGAUAUUAACAAAGAGACUUCAAAGGAAGUGUAAAAUAACAGACAGCUGUGUAACAAUUCAUCAAGAGCUUCAGUUUUAUCCGUUUAAUCCCUCUGUAGAUAUUAAUUAGUCUUCUAGUGCCGAGAAGUUUCUGCUGUUAACACUACUUUGUCAAAGUACUUAAAAUCUUAAACAUAGUUGUUACAGUGUGUGUAUCUUUUGCAUUUACAUUUCUCAACCUUGCUUGCUCGUAUAUUGUUUCUCUAUGCCUUUAUUUCUACUGUUGCUCUCUUUUUCAUAUAACUCUUUAUGUACAUUAGUUUGCCAAAGCUUAUGGCAUAAUAAAUUGUUCAUUCUUAAGAUUU